CACACACUUGCUACAGUCGGUAAACAUGUCGAGCUUGUAAACAGUCGAGACGAAAAUCGAGACGGAGAUUGUCGAUCAGGUGUGAUCUCGUGCAGUGAUUGUUUCUAUCAACUGUUACCUUACCUCUACAUGGAAAAAACCGAAUCUCCCAAAAACACUCGAAUAGAAGCUCUUCUAUCAGAACAACGAGGUGAAAACAUGAAGGAACGAACUGUAUCAAUAUUGAAAGAAGAUGGUGUGGGGUAUGGCUUGACUGUUAGUGGAGAUAAUCCCGUGUUUGUUCAAGCGGUAAAGGAAGAUGGCCCGGCAGCAAGAGCUGGCGUACAUGCUGGUGACAGGAUAUUGAUGGUAAAUGAUCGAUGUGUGAGCAAGUCAGGUCACGUCGAAGUUGUCCAACUCAUCAAAACUGCCAAGGUGGUCAACCUUCGCCUUCUCGGUAUACCCUCACUGAAAAGCAAGACCUCACUCACAUCACUUCCUCCAAUGGCCAGACGUAAAUCAGGCACAAUGAUGGAUCAGGUCAUCUCUCCACCCAUCCAUGCCACAGAGAGAGACAAGCAACGUGCGGUGGAACUGAAGAGCACGACGCUGGAACGAAUGCUGAAACAAGAGCAGCAGUUCUAUAAGGAUCGAUGUGUUGAGUACACUAAGUCUCCGACUCCCAAACUGGAAAAGGAGAUAAACGACUCGUCUGGACGGAUACAGACGCUUGAAAGGCAACUGUCUGUGUCUGAGAUAAAAGUGCAGCUUGUUGUGGCUCCGCAACCAGUUGCUAGUCAGGCUGUGAGCACAAGCGAGGAGUCUUCUGUUGCUGCAAUGGAACGGCAUUCAGUGGCAGUAGAUAGGAGCGUCUCCACCACCAGUAUGCCAGACAGCAAGACAGGCACGCCUAUAGGAAAACGAAAACGGAAAUCAAAGAAGAGUUCUAGUUCAUCACAGCCUGACAGCCCUCUCAGUCCUUUGUGUAGCAACGGACACACAGUCAGAAUAAACAGCGAUGGUAGAUCAGGCAGUACGCUAGACUUCAAUACGACCGUCAGUGACGUCAGUCACAAUUCAGUGGCAAAUAUCUGCAUUGAUGCAUCAGACGAAGACGAAGACAUGAAGACUGAUGAUUCUACGGGACCGUUUAGUGACUUGGCUUUACUAGAGAAGAUGCCAGCACAUUUAGCCGUCUUUGUUAAUUAUCUCAUCAGUGAUACAAGUCAUGAUCCAAGCAAUUUGUUUUUUUACUUAGUCAGUGGUGUCUAUCAGAGGUAUCAAGGCACUAAGGACCUCAAACGCAUGGCAAAUGACAUUUAUCAGACAUUCUUUUUGUUGACCGCACCGUUAAAGCUUGAUAUCGAGUCUGCUAUUGUGAAGCACAUUGAAUCAACUUUUAAGUCUAAAAGCGCUACCGACGAAUCACUACACGUAGUAUUCAGCAAAGCACGAGAGUGUGCGUUUGCUGUCGUCGCUCGACAACUCAGCGUGUUCAGAGCUAAGAGAGCACUUGGUCUUGGUAGUAUGUUUGGUGACACGGUUCUGUCUGAACAUCUACCCAAAAGCAACUACGUAGAAGUGAUUAGCCAGUUGCUUCUUCCGCCUUUACAACAGAUGACUUCGUAUGCACUCGUCUCAUUCUCUCAAUAGUCAAACAUGUGAAUUACAUAUAUGUGUGUAUGUGUUUCAGUAGUCAUGGUGAUGAA